AUGCUGGCUUUUAAUAACACUGCCUCGAACUGGCCCACCUUUUCUUUCAUUGGUAUCCCUGGCCUGGAGGCUGCACAUAUAUGGAUAUCCAUCCCCUUAUGUCUCCUGUAUCUUGUAGCCCUUGUGGGUAAUGCUCUUCUGCUUUUCUUAGUUAGAGCAGAACGGAAUCUUCAUGAACCUCAGUUUUAUUUUCUGGCCAUGCUUGCCCUUACUGACCUAGGCCUUUCAUUGUCUACAAUGCCUACUGUCUUGGGUAUCUUCUGGCUUGAUGUCCGCCUCAUUGGCCUGAAUGCCUGCCUAGCCCAAAUGUUCUUCAUCCACACCCUCUCCUUAGUAGAAUCAGGAAUCCUGGUGGCCAUGGCAUUUGACCGCUUGGUAGCUAUCUGCGUUCCACUAAACUACACCAGGAUUAUGAACCACUAUACCGUUGCCUGCUUUAGUGGAGCUAUCCUUAUACGAGGUGCUACUCUGCUGGCUCCUCUACCUUUUUUCCUCAGGAACUCUUCUUUCUGUGGGACCAAUAUCCUCUCACACUCUUACUGCUACUACCAGGAUAUACUGAACCUGGCCUGUGGGGAUGUCACUUUCAGCAGUGCCUAUGGAUUGAUUUUUGUACUCUUCACAUUUUCAUUGGAUGCUGUCUUUAUCCUAGCUUCAUACAUGAAGAUCUUGGGCACUAUUAUGAAGCUGAAGAAGACUCAAGACAGAAACUGGAGAUCACUGCAUACCUGUGCCUGCCACCUAUGCACAGUACUUGUGUUCUACUUGCCCCUCAUCAGCUUGGCAGUGCUGCAUCGUUAUACCCAGGAUACUUCCCCAAUUCUAUAUACCACCAUGAGUAAUGCCUACCUCUUCAUGACGCCACUGCUCAACCCUCUGGUCUACAGUCUCAAAUCUCGUCAGAUCCAGGCUGCCUUGCACAAGCGAUUUUGGGUGCAACAUGUCAUUGCUGGAGAAUGA